AUGUCUCUGCAGGGAAAGGACACCAGCGUCUUAAACCUGUAUGACAAGGUGGGUGGCUUCCUGAAGAAAGCAGAGCUGUGGAGAAGGGCCUCUGCACAGGGGGAUUUCACCUGCUUUCCUCAGGUGGAUGAUUUUCUCUCUAGUGAGGAUGUGGACAGAGCUCCAGUCAAUGCCCACCACCGCCGGCUGCUGUGUGACUCCGUCCCCGGUGGGAGCUGCAGUGUGACUCCGUCCCCGGGGAGCAGCGGGCCCCGCGGCUCCUGCGUGUGCGCCUCCUCCGGCCCUGUGUGCGGCAGCGACGGCCGGACUUACCCCAGCAUCUGCCGCCUGAGAGCCGAGUUCGGUGAGGGUCCCCCGGUCAUUCUGAUCCAGAGGGGUUGGUGCGAUUCAGGAAUGCAUCAUCAAGGAAGUAUGCGCUACAAGUUCAACUUCAUUGCAGAUGUUGUGGACAAGAUCGGCCCAGCUGUGGUGCACCUAGAGCUUUUCCAAGGAGUGCCAUUUUCCAGCGAGGAGGUCUUGGUGUCAAGUGGCUCUGGGUUUGUGGUGUCAGAGGACGGCUGGAUCGUCACCAGUGCUCACGUACUUAACAAUAAGCGGCGAAUAAGAGUGGAGCUGAAAAGCGGCUCGCGGUACGACGCUUCAGUCAAGGACAUUGACCAGAAGAUCGAACUCAAAAUCGAACCUGACAGUCCCCUGCCUGUGCUCCGUCUCGGCCAGUCCUCGGAUCUGCGUCCCGGGGAGUUCGUGGUGAUGCUGAGAAGCCCUUUCUCCCUGCAGAACACCGUCACCACGGGCAUCAUCAGCACCGCACAGCGCAAGGGCCAGGAGCUGGGCUUUAAGGACUCGGACAUGGACUACAUCCAAACUGACGCCAUCAUUAACUAUGGCAACUCUGGUGGGCCACUUGUCAACUUGGAUGGAGAUGUAAUUGGCAUAAAGGAAGCAGGAAUCUCUUUUGCCAUCCCUGUAGACGGAAUACGCCAGUUCCUCGCUGAUUCCUACAACAGACAAGUCAGCGGUGAGCAGGAUCUAAUGCUGGUGUUGUGGAUCUGUUUGAUCCGAAAUCUCAAGGAGCGUGAGUUGGAAUUUCCAGAUGUGAGCUCAGGCGUUUACAUCUAUGAGGUAAUACCUGGAACAGCUGCAUCCAGCGCUGGCUUGAUGGAUCAUGACGUCAUCAUCGGCGUCAACGGCCGGCCCGUCCACACCACGCAGGAAGUGAGCGAAGCCGUCCAGAGCGGCGCCGCGCUUUCAGUGACGGUGAGACGAAAGGGUGAGGAUGUUACUCUGACCAUCACUCCUGAAGAGACUGAAUGA